AUGGCAAACAAGUUGUGGGCAUUAGCUUGCAUUGGCCACGAGAGCCAUGGGAGCCUAUUGCCGCGGCCGCACUAUCCGUCGAUGCCAAAGUACCCAAAGGGUGUGUCCGGGGAAGAAAGCAGUGCGGAGCUGGGGCCGGAGGCCAAGGCCUUGUUCUCCGUCAUCGGGAUGACAUGCUCCGCAUGUGCCGGAUCUGUCGAAAAGGCCAUCAAGCGGCUUCCGGGGAUACGCGAGGCGGUCGUCGACGUCUUGAACAACAAGGCACAUGUCUUGUUUUAUCCUAGCUUCGUCAAUGUGGAGAACAUUCGUGAGACUAUUGAAGAUGUUGGAUUUGGGGCCACAUUGAUUGAAGAUGAGGUGAAUGAUAGAUCCACUCAAGUGUGCCGAAUGCGCAUAAAUGGAAUGACUUGCACAUCUUGCUCCUCCACUGUUGAAUCAGCUUUGCAAGCAAUCCAUGGUGUACAAAAGGCGCGGGUGGCCUUAGCAACUGAAGAAGCAGAGGUUCAUUAUGAUCCAAAGGUUGUGAGCUCCAACAAGCUAUUGGAAACCAUAAAAGACACUGGAUUUGAAGGCAUACUUAUUAGUUCAGGAGAAGACAUAAGCAAAAUAGAGCUCAAAGUUGAUGGUGUACGUACUUGUCGUUCCAUGAGAAUAGUCGAAGAGUCUCUUCAAGCACUUCCAGGCGUUCAAGAUACAAUAAUAUUUCCGGAACUCAAUAAAAUAUCCCUUUCUUACAAACCAGAUAUGACAGGACCGAGAACUUUCAUUAACGUGAUUGACUCAACUGGAUCAAGACGUUUCAAAGGUAGUAUAUAUCCUGAAGGAGGAGGAAGAGAAACUCAUAGAGGGGAGGAAAUUAAGCAAUACUACAGAUCCUUUUUGUGGAGUCUGAUUUUUACAAUUCCUGUAUUUCUUACCUCCAUGGUCUUUAUGUAUAUUCCUGGAAUCAAGCAUGGAUUUGAUACCAAGGUAGUCAAUAUGAUGAGUGUUGGUAUGCUUUUGAGGUGGGUGCUAUCAACUCCAGUGCAGUUCAUCAUAGGCCGGCGAUUCUACAUUGGAUCCUACAAGGCAUUACGCCAUGGUUCUGCUAAUAUGGAUGUUUUGAUUGCAUUAGGAACAAAUGCAGCUUAUUUCUAUUCAGUCUACUCUGUGUUGAGAGCCACUACCUCUAAAGAUUUCAAGGGUACUGAUUUCUUUGAGACUAGCUCAAUGCUUAUCUCAUUUAUUCUACUUGGCAAGUAUUUAGAGGUUUUGGCUAAAGGAAAGACAUCAGAGGCCAUUGCUAAACUUAUGGACUUGGCACCCGAGACAGCAAUAUUGUUAACCUUGGAUGCUGAGGGAAAUGUCGUGACUGAUGAAGAAAUUGACAGUCGGUUGAUACAAAAGAAUGAUGUGAUUAAAAUUAUUCCAGGAGCAAAAGUAGCUUCUGAUGGUUUUGUUAUCUGGGGUCAAAGCCACGUAAAUGAGAGUAUGAUAACAGGAGAAGCACGGCCAGUGGCAAAAAGGAAGGGUGAUACUGUAAUUGGAGGCACUCUGAAUGAGAAUGGGGUGUUGCACAUAAAAGCAACACGAGUAGGAUCAGAGAGUGCUCUUUCACAGAUUGUACGACUCGUUGAGUCAGCCCAGUUGGCUAAAGCACCAGUUCAGAAGUUUGCUGACCGCAUUUCUAAAUACUUCGUGCCCCUGGUCAUUAUACUUUCAUUUUCAACUUGGCUUGCCUGGUUUUUAUCUGGAAAAUUCCAUGGGUACCCAGAAUCUUGGAUUCCAUCUUCCAUGGACAGCUUUGAGCUUGCACUCCAGUUCGGGAUAUCUGUCAUGGUCAUAGCCUGCCCUUGUGCUCUAGGCCUAGCAACACCCACCGCUCAAUGGAUCGCCCAAAUCAACGAUUCAGAUUUCAUCAAGAUUCAUCUCGACGGCGACAGAGAACGCGAUCUCAUUGUGCAGACAUGGAACUAUAAGGCUGAUCGGCCGCUAAAUUACUACUUGGUGAAAAAAUACAAGAAAUUACCCUCUGUGCCAACCGUAGGCGAUCCUGGUCUCCGAUCCAAUUUUGCAUUCGGGUAUGACUCAAUCAACGACGAUUACAAGGUUUUAAGGAUUUCCGUUGAAGUUCACGUAUAUAGUCUGAAAGCACAUUCUUGGAGAAGAGUAGAAAGCGAAUCCCCUUACAGGGAAUCGCGUAUUUCUUUGGGGCCGGUUUCUUUGAACGGUGCUUUGAUUUGGUUGGUUGAGAGCGCGAAUAGAGGGAUUCGCCUUCUCUCAUUCCAUCUCGCGACGGAGAUAUUCUAUAUUCAGACGCUUACGCUUCCGGUUGAACCGCAAAAUUUGGAGGUUUUGGGAGGAUCGCUGUGUGUUUCCGCAUAUAGACGGGAGGCACAGGCCACUGACUUUUGGAUGAUGAAGGAGACUAGUUGGAAGGAGACUAGAUGGAGCCUCCUUUUUACUGUGCCUCUGACUACUUUCCAGCGAGUAGUGUUCUCGCCGGACGGCCAAAAGGUUCUGAUGGAGAUGAAUUACGAGAAGAAUCCGUUUUCGGCUGAUAUGAUGGAUAUGGAUUAUGAGAAGAAUCUCUUUUGGUAUGAUAUAAAAAAAAAGGCAGGCAGUUUUACCCUGAAGCAUAUUCGCAACAAGAUUUGGACAGGGACUUGUGAGGAAAGCCUCCUUCUCCUCGAUGGUGAUAGUAUCUAUUGA